AUGGCUCGAAUGGGUACUUCUCUGAGAAGGAGAAGAAAUUGGGACUUUAUUCGUUUUAUAGUUACCAUGAUAAAUUGUGUUGUAUUGCUACAUUUGAUGGUCUACUCAAUUAGAAAAACAUUAUACAAUUCUCAACUUAUUCAAUUAGAUCAAAAAACUAGAAGAAAGAGGAGAUUGUACAACUUAAAUAGAAUGGUUAGAGAUAGUGAUACUUUGUGUAGGAACUAUCUUCGUAUAAAUCGACGCACAUUUGGUAUACUUUUGGAGAUGGUAAGAGAUAUUGGUGGAUUGAAUGAAACAAGAAACACAUGUUUGGAAGAGAUUGUUGCGGGUUUCUUAUAUACAUUAGCUCACCACAAAAAAAAUAGAAUGAUUGGUGCACAUUUUUAUAGAAGUGGUGAAACUGUUAGUAGACAAUUUCAUGUUUGUUUAUUAGCAAUCUUGAAGUUACAUACCGUGCUCCUUAAGAAACCAACUCCAAUACAAGAAGAUUCAGACGAUGAUAGGUGGAAGUAUUUCAAGAAUUCUUUAGGUGCACUUGAUGGUACAAUGAUUCUCGUAAAUGUCCCUUCCGAUGAACGAUCUAAAUAUCGAACUAGAAAAGGUACCCUUACAAUGAAUGUACUAGGAGUAUGUGCACCUGAUAUGGAAUUUAUAUAUGUCUUGCCUGGUUGGGAGGGAUCGGCACAUGAUGGUCGCGUUCUUCGAGAUGCUAUUUCUAGGCCUAAUGGUUUGAAAGUACCAAAAGGUUGUUAUUAUCUUUGUGAUGGUGGAUAUACCAAUGGAGAGGGAUUCCUUGCACCAUAUAGAGGACAUCUUUACCAUCUUAGAGAGUGGACUAACGGUAGACGUUCACCACAAACCGCUGAAGAAUUGUUCAACUUAAAGCAUGCAAAAGCUAGAAAUGUGAUUGAACGAUGCUUUGGGUUACUCAAGGGAAGAUGGGGAAUCCUUAGAAGUCCUUCUUGGUUUAGUUUACAGACACAUGGUCGUAUUGUUCUUGCUUGUGCUUUAUUACAUAACUUGGUAAAGAGAUAUAUGCUUCAAGAAUUUGAUGAUGAUGACUUGUAUGAGGAGGUUGAUAGUGAAGAUGAUGAAAGUGACGAAGAUGAUGAGGUGGAGUACAUAACCUCUAUUGCUGUAUCUGAUCCAUGGACUAAUUUCAGAAAUCAAAUGGCCCAAAACAUGUUCAAUGCUUGGAGGGCUAGAAAUCGUAUAACUACUUUAUGA